AAAAAUUAAAAUUGAAAUUGUCUUGUUGGCCAAGUAAGUAGUGGCGAUAUUUGCACCACCCUUUUGCUGUGUAAUCUCUCGAAUGUUCGCUCGAGGAUUCUCUAUAAUAUAAUAUAACCAUCAUAGUUAGUUGAUCGAUCGAACGCAAAAUUGAGAUUCGAAAAUGGGUUGGGUUUGGAGCGACGACGAUUCUCAACUCAACACCUCUUCAGGAUCCGACGAACGAUACUCCACCAGAAAAAUCGUGAAAUCACAGUGCAGAACGGAGGAGGUUGAACCUGGAAAGUUCGUUAAGAAAUGCGAAAAAACCGAAGAGCUUCUCAGAACUUGCACCGGAAAGCCUGUUGAAGUGCUGCAAUCGAACAAAGAGUACACAGAAGAAGAUAUCACUGAUGAGGUACUUAGAGGUAGGUCUACCACAUUUGGCUCAUCAAACAGCUCAUCAGACCAUGGCGUGUUUGACUUCCCUGGGCUGCGAAGUGAUAUUGAAGUCAUGGAACGCAACCUCUUUGGUGGUCUUGGUCGCUUCUUUGAAGCAGCUGAAGAAAUGAAAAAUGGCUUUUUUGAUGUUAUUGCAAAGUCUCCACCUAUAUUUGAUGUAGAGUCAUCAUCUUCAUCCCCUAUGAGGCGAGGGAUCCCUAUUGAAGAGUAUGGCCGGCAAGAAACUCAUCCUAGAUCCAAGGAUAUGGAAUCAACGGAUACUGAUUUCACUGCAUUGGCUAAAGAUGUUUAAACUAAAGCGUCAUGAUUAAUAUAUUUUUAUUAGUUUUCUGUUGGAUCACGAACAUCUGAAUUACAUGUAUGUCCUUUAAUAUGAUGUUUCUCGGUAUCUUUUUGCCAGUUGUUUGAUAUUUUUUUUUAUAACUCUGGCUGAUGUGCCAUGUUACCAAGUUCUAUCUUUUGCCAUGAAUGGCCAUCUUAUUCUUGGUCAAUUCAAUGGUUAUGUUCAAAAUUUAAUUUUCAAUUGGGUUGGUAUUGCAAGUUCGAAUUCACAAUGUAGUUCAUCAAUUACUUCUUUUGAAGUUUUUUUUAGUGUGAACUAUACUCAUGAGCCACACGGUUCAUGUAUUUUUGUAUUA